UCAGCAGUAGGAUGAAGGUGGGUGAAAAGCAGGUGUAUGGGUGCUGGAGAGGAAACUUCGGCACAGGGACAUCAGAACAAAGCUCUCCUUCCCUGCACUGCCUGCCUUCAUUUACAACACGACUGGAAACCCCAAAUAUAUCUGCUUACAGAUUCAAAAGGAAGGCAAACUCUGGGAUUAGGUUAUCAGGCCAGCUCUCCUUCCAGAGGAGGCCAACAAGCACAGGGCUGAUGAUAUUUACACACAUUUUGUUUUGGAGCGAGCGAGGAAAAAUCCGAACGACACCAGGAUUUUUGGUUAACUUUCUCCAUUAUCUGGGUAAAUGCUGUUUGUGCCCCCUCAAAUGGCUCCCAGGAUCUCCUGAAGUUGGAAACACGAGCUCUGGGAGCUGCUGUCAAGCAUGUGGAGUGUCCUGGAGAGAUGGAUCACAACCAGCUCUGGAAUCCUCUCCUCUCUCCUUGGUGAGACUCAAACAUUUCCCUGACCUCAUCUUCCUGCCAGUGGAUUUACUAAUAAUCCUUUGCCUGUGGAAUGACAGGGUCCUGCUUCCCAGAUCCCAAGAGCUCCCUAAAAAAGAGGUGAGAGCAAACACAUGGAGCAGCUCAGAAUAUGGAAUGAUGCAGCUCACAGGAGCCUCAGAACUGCCCCACCACCUGCAGAAGGAUCCAUCCUGUCUAAGAUGUUACCCAAGCCUCCGAGCAGGAAAAUGAAUGAUGUAACUGGGGCAUGGAUGGGCUCAGUUCAGAUGGAGGGGACACACAGAGCCUGGGUCCUUCCAGCUGAAUCCCCUCUCUCAUGAUGGAAACUGGGAAGAAUAGAAGGAAAGAAAAAGCCAACAGUGAAAUAUCCCUUGAAAUAUUGUCCCAGCUGACAGCAAUUGCUGCCUCAGGGAUUUCUCAGCUCAGAGAUUAUAUAAAUGUUUCCAACAGCCCUUGAUGGAUUUACCUGUCACCGAGGCCCCCAGUUGCUGUUCUAACCCCUACAGACUUCUGGCAGGUGCAAUAUCUCGUGGUGAUGAGCUCCACCAUUCAAAAAUGUACCUCAUUUUGUUCAUUUUGAUAAUUGGGUUUGAUGUCGUUUUAUGAGAAACAGAGAACAGUCAUCCACUAUUCAUCUUGUCCCCAGCACUCCUGGUUUUAUAGAGCUCCAUUGUGUUCUUCCUCAGUCAUCUCUGUGUUCCAGGAAAGCGCCCCUUGAUUUAAUUAUCCUUUAGAUGGAAACUAUCCUGUAUCCAUCCUAGGUCUGUUCUAUCUUUCUAGAGCUGGACUGAUCAAAAGCAAACAGUGGUCAAAUUAAAAGUACAUCAUCGAUGUAUUCAGAGCUGCAAAGGUAUUUUCAAGGUCAUUCUCCACCUCUUCCAUUCUCUCUCCCCAAAUUCCCUGAUGUAUUUUUCACCUCUAACUGCUAUCAAAUACUGAUCCAGUGUUUUCA